GUCCGAGGUCGCGCAGGCGCUGGUACCUCGUUGGUCCGCGCGUUGCUGCAUGGUGAGGGGUGUCAGCUAAGUGCAUCCCAGGCAGCUCUUAGUGUGGAGCAGUGAACUGUGUGUGGUUCCUUCUACUUGGGGAUCAUGCAGAGAGCUUCACGUCUGAAGAGAGAGCUGCACAUGUUAGCCACAGAGCCACCCCCAGGCAUCACAUGUUGGCAAGAUAAAGACCAAAUGGAUGAUCUGCGAGCUCAAAUAUUAGGUGGAGCCAACACACCUUAUGAGAAAGGUGUUUUUAAGCUAGAAGUUAUCAUUCCUGAGAGGUACCCAUUUGAACCUCCUCAGAUCCGAUUUCUCACUCCAAUUUAUCAUCCAAACAUUGAUUCUGCUGGAAGGAUUUGUCUGGAUGUUCUCAAAUUGCCACCAAAAGGUGCUUGGAGACCAUCCCUCAACAUUGCAACUGUGUUGACCUCUAUUCAGCUGCUCAUGUCAGAACCCAACCCUGAUGACCCGCUCAUGGCUGACAUAUCCUCAGAAUUUAAAUAUAAUAAGCCAGUCUUCCUCAAGAAUGCCAGACAGUGGACAGAGAAGCAUGCAAGACAGAAACAAAAGGCUGAUGAGGAAGAGAUGGUUGAUAAUCUACCAGAGGCUGGCGACUCCAGAGUAUACAACUCAACACAGAAAAGGAAGGCCAGUCAGCUAGUAGGCAUAGAAAAGAAAUUUCAUCCUGAUGUUUAGGGGACUUGUCCUGGUUCAUCUCAGUUAAUGUGUUAUUUGCCAAGGUGAUCUAAGUUGCCUACCUUGAAUUUUUUUUUUAAUAUAUUUGAUGACAUAAUUUUUGUGUAGUUUAUUUAUCUUGUACAUAUGUAUUUUGAAAUCUUUUAAACCUGAAAAAUAAAUAGUCAUUUAAUGUUGA